AUGGAAAGCUGGGCGCUGAGUGCGGACGGGCAAAUCAAGUCUCAGCUGCAUUCACUGCUGCAGGAGUUCAGUUUUUUUCGUAACUUGGAGGCGAAAAUUCAGGAGCGUUUGCCAUCGCUAUUGUCCUUCGGAAGGGCUGAGGCUGGCACGGUCUUGUUCUACGAGGGCGAUGCGCCGCGACUGUGCUACAUCAUCUUGUCGGGCGAGGUGACCAUCUGGAAGUCUCAAAGGAAGGAUGACUUGUCGCCGAGGUCGAUGAAAGAGAAGUACAACCGAGCAAACUCAAGCAAGAUGCCUCCAGAUGCCAAAGAGGGUCCUUCCGAGGAUGCUGCAGAGGACGAGGAGGAGGAAGACGAGACCUUGGGCACAGCAUCCCGUGAAGCCAUGGCGACGUGUGCCCUGCUGGCGGCGGUGGAGGGGAUGCCAGAUCUCCCCGACAGCCGUGGGACGGCUCAAGAAGAGCAACAUGGCAUGGCCCUCGCCACGCUGGGCCCUGGCAGGCUGCUGGACGAGCUGGCAAUCGUCGAUGACCGAACUCGCAUGGCAACGGCUGUUUGCCAAACCGCAUGCAAGUUCCUGACGAUGGAGCGGACGGAUUUUCUAAACUGCCAGUGUGCUCUCAUCGACGAUCUGGACGACCGGUUGGCCUUCCUCAGAGUGGCU